UUCAAUUAAUGACAACGCCAUUUCUACGAGAAGAAGAUAAAGAGCGAAAGCAGACGGAAAAACCGAACUUCCAAGUAAAGAAGCAGAGUUGAAGGUGAGCCUUAAUAUGGAAGAUAUAUGGAAGAGAGCGAAGCUCUUCGCUGAAGAAGCGGCCAAAAAAUCUCAAACUCUAACCUCAUCCAACAAAAUCGCUGAUCUAGUCGCCGAGACUGCUAAGAAAUCCAAAGAACUCGCAUUGGAAGCUUCUAAGAAAGCUGAACAACUAAAAGUAGCCGCUCUGAAGCAAGCCGAUCAGAUCCAAAUCAAGUCCAUUUCAGAUAUUAUCCCUCCUCAGCUCUCUUCUCUUUCGAUUGUGAGUUAUUCUUCUUCUUCUUCAGCCCCCGCGGUUUCGGAUCCGGAAGAGCUUCAGAAGUUUGGAAUUACAGAUGAUUUGAGCGAUUUUGUUAAGGGGCUGACUUCCAGUACAUUCCACAAUUUUCCAAUUCAAGUAGACGAAGCUGAGGCGUCUGAUGUGCCGACUACGGCAUCACAUGUACGGAAAGAUCUUAAUGAGUGGCAGGAGAGGCAUGCCACUCUCGUUCUCACAAAUGUUAAGCAAAUCUCGAAGCUAAGAUAUGAAUUAUGCCCACGUGUGAUGAAAGAAAGGAGAUUCUGGAGGAUUUAUUUUACGCUUGUGAGCACUCAUGUUGCACCGUAUGAGAAGCAGUAUAUGGAGGAGAUCAAGCGCAAAGCUGAAGAGCAGAUAAAAGAUGAUAAAUCAAAUCAAACUGCAGUAUCUGGACAGGAUUCUGGGUCUGAGAUGACAGAAAAGAGCAUGAAAAGCAGGACAUCAACAGCAUCAUCAGCUGAGCAAGACCUGGACACUUUUCUUUUGGGAGAUCUUGGAGACAGUGAUGGGGGUGCAGAUGAUGGUGAUGGCAGCUUUGAUGAUGAUUUUGACAAGAUUGACAAUUCUGAUAUUGAAGAUGAGAAACAUUCAAAGAAAGCAACUGCUGCAACUGGUCAGAUUUAAGAGAUUAUGAAAAACAAAAUGAAUGUUAAUUUUGUAAAGGAUAGCAAAAGGAGCCGUGAGAAGACAAGUCAAUCAGUUGCUCUACCUAAAAAAUAUACAAGCACGUGUGAAGAAGUGUGCCAAAAAAAAAAGUCGUUUUGGUGGAGUAAAUGUUUGCUAAUUUGCUUUCUGUCAUUUAUUUUAAUAUUUGGACAUGAAGUCGUCAUGAUACCUGCUUGUUGAUUAAUUAGGUGAGGUCAAAAACCUUGAUUUGGCCUGUAUAGAUUUCCUGAUUCAGUUUGAGAUGGCAAGUGUAUUGAUGCCUCAAAGGUGUAAAGUCAACUGAUUAACCUUGAUUUGGCCUGUAUAGAUUUCCUGCUUCAGUUUGA